AUGGGAUCAAAGGACAAAAAAUCCAAGAAAGAGGAGGACCCUGAGGAAGAGGAAGGGAAAAAGAAAAAGAAAGACAAGAAGAAGAAAGGUUCAGUAAAGGGAGACAGUGAUGAAGACACCAAGAAGACAAAAGGCAAGAAGAAGAAGAUUGAAAAUUAUGUUGAAAUCUAUGAGAAAGAGCUUCGUACCUACGAGCCAGAAAAAGUGGAGAACUACGAGGAUGAGUAUCACAAAAAGAAAGUGUAUGAGGUGGUUACCAUCACUGGUGAUGAGAGAGGAGCAGGCACUGAUGCCAAUGUGUUUAUUACUCUUUUUGGAGAUUAUGGCAUCACACCCAAAGUCCACCUGGCUAGCAAGAGUUGCACAGCAUUCGAAAGGGCCAAAACAGAUGUGUUCAGAAUUAGAACUCACAAUGUUGGAUCCUUGAAAAAGAUACGGAUUGAGCAUGACAACACCGGCCUUAAUCCCAGCUGGUUCUUGGACAGAGUCGUGGUAACGGAUGUGAUUCGACCUCAUCUGAGGUUCUAUUUUGCUUGUAAUAACUGGUUGAGUAAAGUGGAGGGAGAUGGCCUUUAUAUCAGAGACCUGCUGGGCAGCAUAGACCCCAUGGACAUACCCAAAUAUAAUAAAUUUGUUGUGAGUGUUUUCACUGCAGAUGUAAAAGGCAGUGGCACAGAUGCAGAUGUCUUUAUUAAUAUCUUUGGGGAGUUUGGAGAUACAGGGGAGAGGCGACUUGACAACGACAAAAAUAACUUUGAAAAGGGCACAGAGGACAAAUUCACCAUCGAGGCACCGAACUUGGGCAAAAUUAGAAAGAUCACCAUUGGACAUAAUAACAAAGGCUCCUCAGCAGGAUGGUUUGUGGAGAAGGUGAUAGUAGAUGAUCUUGGAAACAAAUUAGUGUAUGAAUUCCCCAUCAGCCGCUGGUUUGCCAUCGAUGAGGAUGAUGGGAAGAUCCAGAGGGACGUUUUGGUUGGAGGGAGUCAGCCCACAGGUAUUGUGUACAAUGUCCAGAUUGUGACAGGAAACAUCCGGGGUGCCGGGACCAACUCCAAAGUCCACAUUGUGAUGCACGGCACGAAAGGCUUGAAGAACAGUGGGAAGGUCUUUUUGGAAGGAGGAAAGUUUGAACGGGACUUAACAGACAUCUUUAAUGUCGAGCUUGCUGCACUCCUCAGUCCCCUGAGCAGAGUCACCAUUGGACACGACAACAGAGGGCUUAGUACUGGGUGGUACUGCGAGAAGGUUGUGGUUUACUGCCCAUUCACUGGAAUAGAGCAGACUUUCCCAUGCAGUAAAUGGCUGGAUGAAAAGGAGGGAGAUGGGCUGAUAGAGAGAGAGCUCUAUGAGAUGGUCUCACUCAGGCAGAAGAGACAGAAAAAGCAUCCCUGGUCGCUGUGGAUCUGGACGUCGGACCUGCCCAGCGCAGGAACCGAUGCUGAUAUCUCGUUCCAGGUGUACGGAGAAAAGGGCAAGUCAGACGAGAUCAGGCUGGACAACAAAACAGACAAUUUUGAACAAGGACAAGUUGACAGAUUUAUGGUUGAACUUCCUGAUUUGGGAAAACUGACCAAACUCCGUAUCUGGCAUGAAAAGAGGAAUCCUUUUGGAGGAUGGCAUCUAAGCAAGGCAACAUUAAUGAAAACGUUAACGAAGGAGAAGUAUACAUUUCCUUGUGAGCGGUGGCUGGAUACUAAUGAAGACGAUAACGAGGUUGUGAGAGAGCUUCCCGCCACCGGAGAGCUUAUUGCUGAGCCUCUGCCCUUGAUUAAAUACAGAGUGACUGUCUGCACGGGGACGGUCGGUGGUAGCGGCACAGAUGCAUCUGUUUUUCUAAAUCUAAUUGGAGACCAAGGGGACACCGGAGAUAGGGACCUGAUCAACUGCAAAAACAACGUCAACAAGUUUGAGAAAGGAAGUUUGGAUGAGUUUCUAAUUGAGGCGGUGGCCAUUGGGCAGAUCCGCAGGGUGAGAAUUGGACAUGAUGGCAAAGGUGGAGGCUCUGCCUGGUUUCUUGACAAAGUGAUUGUAAGAGAGGAAGGACAAGCUGAGGCAAAUGCCGUGGAGUUCCCCUGCAACAGAUGGCUGGCCCGCAACGAGGAUGAUGGACAGAUUGUCAGAGAAUUAGUUCCGUUUGCAGAAGGACAGCGUCUUUACAAUACCAACUAUCACAUCGCUGUGAAGACAGGUGACAUCCCCGGAGGUAGCUCUGACUCUGAUGUGUUUGUGAAGCUCUAUGGAGAGAAAGGUGACACCAGUAAGAUGAUGCUGGUGGUCUCUGCCAACGACCUGGGGAACUACUUUGAAACAGGCCGCGUUGACAUCUUCACAGUGGAAACCUUUGACAUUGGACAGAUCAACCGUCUGUUGAUCGGCCACACUAACAAAGGCAUGCGUGCAGGCUGGUUCUUGGACAGUGUUCAAAUUUUGGUUCCAGUCCAUGGAAAGAAUUACAUGUUCCCCAGCCACCGCUGGCUGGACGAAGAUGAGGCUGAUGGCAAAACAACGGUGGAGCUCCACCCAAGCGAGAUCCUGGAUGUAGAACAAUUAAUAAACUAUGAGAUAACAGUCGCGACCGGAGAUGUGGUGUUUGCUGGCACAAAUGCUGUAGUCUUCAUCCAAAUCUACGGAGACAAGGGGAAGACGGAGGUUAUCACACUCGAAAGCAGAUCCAACAACUUUGAACGGAAUACCACAGAAAUAUUUAAGAUAGAGGCCAAAGAUGUCGGAAAGAUUUUUAAGAUACGCAUCGGUCACAAUGGCGCCGGCAUUGGAUGUGGCUGGUUCCUGGAGACAGUGGACGUGAAACAUCUAAUCAUGGCCUUGGUGCCCAAGGAGAAGAAAAAGGAGGACAAGAAAAAGAAGAAGAAAAAGAAGAAAGAGGAAGAUGAGGAUGAGGAGGGUGGCGAGGAGAUGCAAGAAGUGGUGCUGACAUAUCAUUUUCCCUGUUCACGCUGGUUGGCUGGGGGUGAGGAGGACGGCGAGCUGGUGGUGGAGCUGCUGCCUGAAGAUGCAGAAGAGAUGGAAGUCAACACCUAUGAAGUGUGUGUCUUCACUGGUGACAUGAUGGGAGCCGGGACCGACGCCAAUGUCUACAUUAAUAUUUAUGGAGAGAACGGAGACACUGGAGAGCGCUGCCUGAAGAAUUCUGACAACAUCAAUAAAUUUGAGCGAGGGCAGGAGGAUGUUUUCAUCGUGACAGCCGUUGAUUUGGGCCCAUUGAAGAAGCUACGAAUCCGUCAUGACAACUCUGAGUCUUACUCCUCUUGGUACCUGGAUCGUGUUGAAAUAGUGGACACAAAAGAGGAUACAACAUACUACUUCCCUUGUAACCGCUGGCUUGCAGUUGAUGAAGACGACGGGCAGAUAGCGAGAGAGCUGGUUCCCGUGGAUGAGGCUUUCAUGAGGAAGGAUGACGAUGAGGGCACGAGUGGCACUCUGGGCCUGGAGCAGAAAUCUAUGUCUACUACAUAUACUCUUAAGAUAAAAACUGGAGAAAAGAAGUAUGCUGGAACUGAUUCCAACGUCUUCGCCAUCCUCUUUGGUGAAAAUGAUGACACAGGGAUCAUCAAUCUAAAGGCUUGUAAAAACUACAAGAAUAAGUUUGAACAGGGGAUGAUCAAUGAGUUCAUUGUGGAGGCCGUGGAUCUGAGCGACCUGGUAAAAGUUCGAAUUGGGCACGACAACUCAGGGGGUUCACCUGGUUGGUUCUUGGACUGGAUCGACAUUGACGCCCCUUCACAGGGUCAGAGGAUGCGCUUCCCAUGUGGCCGUUGGCUGGAUAAAGGGGAGGAUGAUGGUGCAACUGUGAGGGACCUUUAUCCUGCUGACUUACAGACUGAAUUCUACACACCAUUUGUGCCUUAUGAGAUAAAGAUAUACACCACCGAUGUAUUUGGAGCGGGAACAGAUGCUGACGUGUUUAUAGUCUUGUAUGGCCGUAAGGGGGUGUGCACUCAGCAGAAGCACCUGUGUGUCAACAAGAGAGAGCGACGCUUGUGCUUUGAGAGGGGAGCUGAAGACAUGUUUAUUGUGGAGCUGGAGGACAUUGGUGAUGUUAUAGAGAAAAUCAGGAUAGGACAUGACAACAGUGGCACCAAUCCUGGAUGGCAUCUUGACAGAGUGGAGAUCAGGCGACAGCUCAGGAAAGGAAAGGGUUCGGAGACGACUAUAUUCCCUUGCGAGCGCUGGCUAGCCAAGUCUGAAGAUGAUGGUGAGACGGUGAGGGAGCUUGUCCCCUCAGACAUCAUCACUCAGAAACUCCUCAGGGAUGGGACACUGAAAACGACUGAAACUGAGGUGGAAGAUGCUUUGGAAACUCACACAUACACGGUGUCUGUGCGGACAGGCGAUAUGUACGGAGCAGGGACCGAUGCCAACGUUUUCCUCACCAUUUAUGGAGAUUUGGGAGACACAGGAGAGCGGAAACUCGCCAAAUCUGAGAAUAACAAGAACAAGUUUGAGAGAGGAGAGGUGGAUAAGUUCAAUAUUGAGGCCGUGGAUUUGGGCCAGGUGUUUAAGAUUCGUGUUCAUCACGACAACUCUAUGAUUGGGGCUGAUUGGUACCUGGACCAGGUGGAGGUGCUGGAUGUGGAAACAGAAGAGGUAUACAUGUUCCUGUGUGAGCGCUGGCUAUCAACGAAGAAAGAGGACAAACGAAUAGACAGGACCUUCUACGUCAAGGGGUAUGAGGGUGAAAGAAGCUCUGAUCCAUAUUCCAAAAUGAUUGCUCAGGCCAAACUGGGACUGGACAAGAAUGCCAACAAGAAGAAAAAGAAGAAAAAGGCAGUAGUGGUUGAAGAGGGUCCAAUCAUCCCUUAUCACUUCACCCUGUCCACGGCGAUCGAACAUGAUGCCAGCACCACAGCGAGGGUUUAUGUCAUCAUCAUUGGUCCCAAUGACGUCGAGACAGACCGGCUGUGGCUGGACCUGCCAGAGGGAAAGAAAUCCUUCACAGCUGGCUCCAUGGAGCACUUUGUGUGCUAUGGAACUGACGUAGGAGAGAUCAAGAGGGUGGAACUUGGCCAUAAUGGUGUCACACCAGAGAGCUGCUGGUUGGUGGAUGAGCUGUCGGUUGCCGUGCCAACCAAAGGUAUCAAGUACAUCUUUCCAUGUAAGUGCUGGCUGGCUAAAGACAGGGGAGAUGGUCUGACUGCCAGACUGUUCAAUGUGCUGGACUCCAGCACGAUCAACAUUAUCCGCAAAGUUGUUUAUUCAGUCACGGUUGCCACAGGUGACAUUCAGUAUGCAGGAACUGAUACCAACAUUUUCCUGACUGUGUUUGGAGCCAAUGGGAGCACAGAGGAAAUGCUUCUGCCCAAAAAUGAGGAUAGGUUUGAAAGAGGGCAAGAAGACACAUUUACCCUGGAGAUAGAUGACAUCGCUCCUUUGAAGAAGAUAAGAAUUCGAAUAGAUGGCACCGGAAGCCGCCCAGACUGGUUUCUUGACAGGAUCCUGAUGAGAAACCUGACCACAGAGGAAGAGUACCUGUUCACCUACGAGAACUGGCUGUCCAAGACCAAAGGGCCCAAGAGGACAAAGGUGUGUGAGCUGGCGGCUAUGGUGGAUGAUGAGGAGAUGGUAGAAAAAACAACUUACAUCAUCCAAGUCCAGACUAGUGACGCUGCAGGUGCUGGCACUGAUGCCAACGUGUUUCUGAUUGUGUUUGGGGAGUAUGGAGACACAGGGACGCUGCCUCUGAAAGAGAGCACCAACAGAAACAAGUUUGAGCGAAAAAUGAAGGACGUGUUCAGAUUUCCUGACAUGCUCAGUCUGGGCGAACUGUCAAAAGUCAGAGUGUGGCAUGACAACAAAGGCCCUGCUCCUGGAUGGCACCUGGAGUACAUUGAUGUGAAAGAUGAGGCCCUGGACAACACCUUCAGGUUCCCCUGUGACCGCUGGUUGGCAAAAAACGAAGAUGACGGGCAGAUUAUGAGGGAACUGGCUUGUGCCAACAAUGAUUUUGUAGACCUCAGUGACAAAACAAAAUAUGAAAUUGCCACAACAACUGCUAACGCAGAUGACGCCUCCACAACGGAAAACGUCUGGAUCCUGCUGGAAGGAAGGAAAGCCCGUUCUAAGGAGUUUGUUCUGGAGAAUAAGAAAAAGAAGUUCUUAAGUGGUGCCACUGACACGUUUGAGUUCUCGUCCAAGCACGUGGGGGAAAUCGCUAGCAUCUGCGUUGGCCACAUCACAAAAGACGGCAAGAAGGUGAAGAAUGAGGCUUUCUGGCAUGUUAUGGAGGUGGUGGUGACAGAAAAGGAGCUGGGAAACAAGUAUUUCUUCCACUGUGAUGCACAAAUUCCCCUGGCAGCCAAAAAAGACCAGUUCCAGACAUUCGAGUGCUAUAAAUCCAUCGAGAGCUUUGCGAGCAAAGUCCGCAACCUGGUCCCUGUCAAGUAUGAAAUCAUCGUCAUCACCGGGGACGUCAAAGCGGCCGGCACAGACGCAAAUGUCUUUAUCACCAUGUAUGGUGUCAAUGGUGACUCAGGCAAGCGUCACCUACGGCAGAAGUUUCGCAACCUUUUCGAGCGAGGGCGGACAGACCGCUUCGUUCUGGAGAUGCUGGACCUUGGGGAAUUGCUGAGGGUCAAAGUGGAGCACGACGGCACCAGCCCCAACAGUGGGUGGUAUUUAGAGUGUAUUGAGGUGACCAACACAGCCAAUUCAGUCACAACAAUCUUUCACUGUGGAAAGUGGUUGCACACUGCUAAAGCUGAUGGACAAAUUCAGCGAGUGCUCUAUCCCAGAUAUUAGAAUAAUGCUAGAAAGAAAGAGUGGGUGAGCAUUUGCUUCUUUCUGUUUGACUCAUUUGUUUUGUUGGGGUUUUUUACCAAUUGUAAGAGAAACAUUGCACGGAAAAGUUAGAGUUAAUCCAUCUGAAUAUAAAUGUAUUUCAACUUUUUCAGGAUAAAGCCAGUUUUUUGUUUUUGUUUGUUUUGUUUUUUUAAGUUGGUGCCAACUGUUUAGGCUGUCACUCUUCAGAAAAAGCCAUUUGCUUCCAUCUCGCACAAAUAAACAG